GACAACAGAGAAGCAAUACAUGCUUUAAAGAUACUACUUGAAAACAAGACUUUACAACUCGUAACUCUAACAUAUACUAAAAAUACGUUCAAAUAAGGUGCGUCAUGAGACGAGAUAAAAGUGCAAGAUCGAUCAGUAUUUGUACAAUAUUUCUGUACGUAGCAAUGUGUUCUUACGUCGCCAUCAGUUCAUCAACCUGUGAACAUGGAAAAUUCCCGAGUAACUUUGUGCAUGGAUGUACUCCUUGUCCACCAAAGUAUUAUGACUGUAGCAAUCAAGGAAAAGAUGAGCAAGCCUGUCUUAAAUGGUGCCAACCAUCAUCGUUUACCGCCUUUGUUCUGGCUCGAUCAACAACAAUAAUGCUAUCCCCCACUAGCACCUUUAAAGGAGGCACUACCCAACAACCUACAAAAAUUCCUUCACAACCAUCACCUUCUAUCGCCUUUGUUCUGGCUCCAUCUCCAACAAUAAUCCCAUCCCCCACUAGCACCUUUAAAGGACGCACUACCCAACAACCUACAAGAAUUCCUUCAUCUGCAAUUCCCUCCCUGAGCAAAGACCACCAUGUUUCAACGAUUAUGUCAACUUCUUCAUCAAGAACAACGGUAGCAUCAGUAACAAGUGACAUCGGUGGCAAAGAUUUUCCUGUUUGGAUAAUCAUAUUAUGUGUGGUGUUCUUCCUAGUUCUAAUUAUCGUAAUUCUGUUAAUUUAUCGUCAUAAAACGCAUGCAAGGAAAAAUUUGUACAAGUCUCAAGAUAUCAUCGACGAAAUGGACACGACGUCCGUUUAA